CCAGGUGGCGCUGUGGCCGCAGAGUCCACACUGACUGACUGCGUUUUUGCCGAAGAAGUGCACGAAACAGGAAGCAAACAUCUCAGAUUCAACGUUAGUAAAGACACGACUGUUUUGUUUGCGCUUGUUAUACAUCACGUGAAAGCCUUGGAUUUGUGUUUUAAAUGUCGCUGUAUUGCUUUUAGGGACCGUGUGUGCGCGGUGUCUCAGUUAGCCGCAGCGUCUGAUAGCUUCGUAGCUAGCUUAGUCUGACACUCUCCACAUAGCUUUGCUAACAUCAAACCUGGAUUGAUUUUAAAGAUGAAUUUGGUCAAAAACAAAACGUUGCACCCGCAACUGCACGACGAAGAAGCUCUUGUUGUGGAAAACGCCAUCCGGCUGGCGGUAGACUCGAUAAUAAACGUGCUGUAUGGUGUCAACAGCGCCAGGUCUCGUGAGUACCAGAGGAUGGUGGCCGACAGGGACAAAGAGAUCCUGCGGCUCGAGGACAGGGUGACAGAGAUAGAGCACGAGCUGCAGGUGCUGCGCCGACAUAGAUGCACCUGCGGACUUUUUGGUAAAGAGCACAGCCUCGUGGGAUCACAGACCUGCGGUGAGCCACAGAUGGGAGAGCAGAGCGGGUUUGAACAAAGCUGCAUCCACACUGAGAUGACAGCAGAGCAGCAGGAGUCUGAAAUGAGCAUCUCUUUGGGCCUUUUUGCAAGACCCCCCUCACACGUCUCCUCCCAAAGCCACGAGUCGGUUCUUCCAUCAUCCCCCAGCAGAAUGGUUCUGGACCAGUCCUGCGCCUCCCACUGCUCCGAGUCCUCAGGGGUAUCCGAGGCAGCCAGGAAUCUGCCUACAUCUCCCAGCAGCCUUGUCAUCAAAGAGGAGCCGUGUGAUAUCGACACAGUUUUAAUCAAGUGGGAAAUGAGUGAAGAGAGAUUCAUGGAGCAUCAGGAGAACACAGGCAGUCCAUUUCAGGACGAUGCAAGCCCCAGUGUUAAAAACAAAAUGGAGAACAGAGAGAGAAGAAAGUUCAGGGAGGAUCCUCUCGCAGAUUCAGACGGACAUUGCGAUCCUUAUGAAGAAGACCUGAGGAACCAGAAGAACGGCAUGCCAACGUCCGACCUGUCAGAGGAGGCUCAGAGACAGAAGAGGGCAGCCUGGAGAGAAGCUUCCCGGCGCUACUAUGCCCGAAAAAUAGCCCGCCAACAGGCAAACCCCACUCACUCCGGCCCCUUCCCCCCACGGUCUGCUCCUUUCCCCCCACGUUCUACUCCUUACCCCCCACGGUCUACUCCUUUCUCCCCACGGUCUGCUCCUUUCCCCCUGAGGCCUGCUCCUUUCCCCCCACGGCCAGUCCCUUUCCCCCCGCGGUCCGCCCCGUCCCCCCCGCGGUCCGCCCCAUUCCCCUACAUUAACGACACCCGGUAUUCACAGCCCAUCUCUUUUGAGGAUAAGAAAAGGAGGACGUUGAUAUCUGAGUUACCUGAAGAGUCUCAGUCUCUGCAGAGGGAGGCGUGGAGAGCCGCGUCCAGGAGGUACUAUGCUCGAAAAACUGCUCGCCACCAGAUCGAGCCCACACAGUACCCACACCCGCUCCAGAACACGGAGCCGUCUGGAGAAACACUACCACCCAACAGAGGAGAGUCCCACACCAACAGUGGAGGAAUAUUGUGCAGCUGAUAGACAGUAAUGCUGUCAGUGAGGUUUUCUAUUCAGCAUAUUUAAAAGUUGAUUUUAUAGUUAGAUUUUUUUGGCUGAUUUGUACAGAGGUUGAGAUUUGUCUCAGGUCUUCUGAUAUAGUCCGUAUCGUUUGAAUCUAGUGUUUUGAAUUGUUUGAAAUCAGUAAUUUGUGUUUCUUCAUAGUUUAAUUAUGCAACUAACCAUAAAAACAACACUGCAUUUAUAUCACUUUGGUUCUAAUUUAUCACCGUUUUAUUAUUUUUCUUUAGUAUACUGCAUUGCAUGCCUGUAGAAAAAGAUAACUGCAAAUGAAGAUUGAAUAAAUCUAUUCUGAGGCAAUAUAUAGCUAUUGUAAAGUAAUGUAAAACAUGUAACAACCACUGUCUCAAUACAGCGCCCCUGGAGUCCAACGUUUGCAACUACAAUCAAGGUCAUCGUCAAAUUAUGAGCUCAACAUUUGUGUAAAUAAUAGAUAUGUAAUUAUCAAUUAAAUCUUUUACUGACAGGACAUAAAAAGUAUUUUUUUGUUCUGUUAAAUAAUAAAAAAUAAUUUAAAUACAA